GCGCUGGUGAGUGAAGCCGUCAUCGUCGAGUCCGAGGAGCAUUUCUUCCGUCCCUCCAUCUCCCGGACGGACCACGUGACCCACCCAGAGCCAAUCAAUUGCCGCCCUUUGUAAUCCCGCACCAAAGCUCGCCUCUGGAUGCCGAAUGUCCAUAACGUCAAGCUCUCAACGCCCCGGAACAUCCUACUCCCUCACCACGCCGUACACCUCGCCCCUCCCCGUCGUCCUCAACCCUCGAUCCGACCCCGGAACCCCCCCAAUUUGCCCGGUCAAUUGGCGCCGACGCAUCUUCUUCUUCCUCGAGGAAACCAUAGCACAAUGCCUCCCGCGGCCCAGCUUCCCGUCACCAUGUUGGCCCUGGCGUCAACAAGGCCGGUCGCGAGAAAUUCGUCGGCCGCCAUGCAGCACGUCGGCAGGCUGAUGGCUGCCAACGCCAUGCGCACCUACGCCACGCCUGCCGGUCCCCCUCCUGCCAACUUUCGCAUGAAGAGACAUCAGACCUGGGACGAGGACCAGGAGUCCACAAUGAACAAGCUUGGUCGUUAUUUCCUGCUCUCCGAGAUGGCGAGAGGAAUGUACGUCCUGCUCGAGCAGUUCUUCCGCCCGCCCUACACCAUCUACUACCCUUUUGAGAAGGGUCCCAUCUCCCCCCGCUUCCGUGGCGAGCACGCCCUCCGCCGCUACCCUUCCGGUGAGGAGCGCUGUAUCGCCUGCAAACUUUGCGAGGCCAUCUGCCCGGCCCAGGCCAUCACCAUCGAGGCCGAGGAGCGCGCCGACGGCUCCCGCCGCACCACAAAGUACGAUAUCGACAUGACCAAGUGCAUCUACUGCGGUUUCUGCCAAGAGUCUUGCCCCGUCGACGCCAUCGUCGAGUCCCCCAACGCCGAGUACGCCACCGAGACUCGCGAGGAGUUGCUGUACAACAAGGAGAAGCUGCUGUCCAACGGUGACAAGUGGGAGCCGGAGCUGGCUGCCGUUAUCCGCGCCGAUGCUCCCUACAGAUAAGACUUGGCCUCUUUCAGACGAAAUAAAGAAAGAAAUUUCUCUGGUCAAGGGCGUGGUAGUGGUGGUGGUAGAGAGCGAGACGUCGAGGAAUCACACCUUUUUCUUUUUUGCCUUUUUGCAGUUUAAUGCCUGCAGGAUGGACACAUCGAGGCGGACGCGAGGGGGGAAACGGUCGCAGGACAAUGAGGGCCGCGGCAGCAGUGAUCUUGGCAUGUUGUGUAUUUUUACAGACAGGUCGGGGUCGGUUAGACUUGUGUAAAUAUCUCUCGCGAAAAGCAACCUUUUUCUUUGUCUGUUGACCACCAUUGCCCCCAGUCUUGUGUGAUGGCAUCCCUAAGGAUUACAACCGCCAUUGUGUUUCAAGCCUAUUUCUUCCAAGUUACAUGCCGCCUAGAUUCGCAUCACAUUGGGAGGGGGCGUUUAGGUUGGAAAUGAGAAGACGAAUACU